AUGGCGGACGAAAUGACCAACGACACGGCGGAGGAAGUACAGAACAAACUGAUCAACGAGGAGUACAAGAUCUGGAAGAAGAAUUGCGUGUUUCUGUACGACAUCAUGUACAGCAGGGCUCUUGACUGGCCCACCCUCACCACACAAUGGCUGCCCGACGUGAAGGAGGUUCCUGGAAAGUCUAGCCGUUCGCAUCGUCUCAUAAUCGGCACCCACACCUCCCAGCAGCAAGCCGAAUACCUGCAAAUCGCCCACAUCAACCUUCCGAAUCCCCCGCCGAUGACCGUAGCAGAAUACAACGCUCCGACGACUGAUUUGGGAGGACAUGGUGCAGCGAAGGAACCCAUCACCUUCUCAAUCGUGCAGAAGAUCACUCACCCUGGUGAAGUCAACAAAGCCCGAUACCAACCACAGAACCCAAAUUUGAUCGCGACGUGGGCGCCAGAUCACAAGGUCUACCUGUGGGAUCGCACCAAGCACCCGUCUAUUCCGGUUGGUGGGGUCAAGCCGCAAGCAACGUUAGAGGGUCACACAAAAGAAGGAUUCGCAUUGGAAUGGAAUCCCUUCGUCGAAGGCCAGCUGCUAUCUGGUGGAGAAGAUACGACCGUCUGUCUGUGGGAGCUGUCGCGCGACUUCAAAAUUGAGAAUCCCACAAUCUCACCCGCACGAAGGUUCACACACCAUUCGGCAUGCGUGAACGAUGUGCAGUACCACCCAAUGCACGGCGCCAACCYUUUCGGCACCGUUUCUGAUGASCUCAACAUAUGCAUCAUGGACAUCCGCAGACCAUCCGAGAGCAAACCAGCUAUCGUAUUCGAGAAGGCACACUCAGACGCCAUCAAUUCGCUUUCCUUCCACCCGAAGCACGACAAGCUAUUCGCUACGGGGUCUGCGGAUAAGACGGUUGGUAUUUUCGACCUGCGCUUUGCAGACAAAGGCAAGAUCCACAACCUGGAAGGCCACAAGGACGUGAUCAACAAGGUGGACUGGCACCCUCAUGACUCGGGCAUCAUUGCCUCAUCGUCCAACGACCGCCGUAUCAUCUUCUGGGACCUGUCUCGCGCUGGUGCAGAGCAGACCCCUGAAGACGCCGAGGAUGGCCCUCCGGAGAUGCUCUUCAUGCACGGCGGUCACAUCAACCACAUCAGCGACUUCUCAUGGAACAAGAACGACCCGUGGGUCAUGUGCUCGACCGGCGAGGACAAUCUCAUCCAGUGCUGGCGCGCGAGUAGGCAUCUCGUAGAGGUAAUGCCUCCAGGUGUGAAGCGGAAGGAGGUGGAUGCGUAA